AUGGAGAAAGGAAAAAGAAGUAGAAACAGAAGAGCGGAAUCAUCUGGCUUCAUUUUCUUCAUGGCCCCACCACCUCUUCGUUUAAGUAGGAUCAUACAGGAAGAAAUGGUAAUUUCAUCACUUGUUCUCCCCAAUCACUCGCAGAACAGAUCAGAAAAACAAUUGUCCAUACAUUUGUGGAAUGGGGACAUCUCGACAACACGUUGCCUACAUGAAGAAGAUGGCAACUUUCAUUUGGAGGGUUGGAAAAAAUUUAAAGACACCUAUUCUCUUGUUAACGGCGAUAUUUUGCUCUUUACUCGUGGAUCCCGUGGUCGUUUUACUUUAAGCUUGUUUAAAGGAGAAAGUGGUGCUGAAAUCACUCUCAUACCCAAAAUUGGGAGCUAA